AUACAAUUUUAUACGAACUGCCGCGUAAUUAUCUCUUUGAAAUCAAUUAUAUUUUUAUAUAACAUAAAAACAAAAGAAUAAACCGAAGUUAAUCAGUGAAUUAAAAUUUGUUUAACUUCUCAGUAAAUAUUUUUUUUAUUUUCAAAAAUAUACUUUCAUGAUUGCUAACAUUGUUAUAUUGUUAACAUUAUUACAUUGAUAACCUAACUUUCGGAGUAUUUCUUUACUUUCAAAUGGAUCCAGAAUUUCUUUCGAGAUUGGUACCUCAAAAUAAAGAUCAUGCUCGACCUGCUUGCAAAAAAUGCGGUUAUGCAGGGCAUCUCACUUAUCAAUGUCGCAAUUUCAUUAAAGUUGAUCCAAACAAAGAGAUUGUAUUGGAUGUAAGUAGUACCAGUUCCAACAGUGAUGAAAACUAUAUGACUCCAUUAACAGAACUACGCGAAAAAGAAUUAAAGAAGAAAUUGAAAGAAGCUAAAAAGAGACACAAGGAGAAAAAAAAUAAGAAAAGUUCUAAGAAAAAAGAGAAAUCUAAAUCCAGCGAGACCGAAUCUGAUAGUUCAUCUACGGAGGAAGAUGAGAAAGAAAAAAAAGAAGAGAAACGACAUAAACAUAAGAAAAGAAAGAAGAAAUCGAAGCAUAAAAAAAGAAAGAAACAUAAGAAGUACAGUUCAUCAGAGAGUGAAAGUGAUAACAAAAAAUAAUAUCAAUAACGGCUCAUUAUCAAAAACUUACCAAUAAAAUAUUUAAUAUAAAAUAUUAAGUCUACCAGAAAAUUUUAUUCUUUUUUGAAUGAAAAGAAAAUAAUUCAUUUUCAAUACAUUUAUUAAUAUUUACUGAACAAUAUAAUUUCCAUUAUUACUAAUCGUCUUUUUCCAGCAUGAUGGUAAUUUCUGGAUCUCAUUUCUAUAGAAUGAUUUAUCUUUGGAGAUAUAAAACUCAAAUAGAGCUCGAUUGACAUUGCUUCAUUUCUGAACUUUUUUCUCUUCAAUAAAUUUUGCAAGAAAGAAACAGUUGAUAAUUGGAUGAUAAUGGUUUGAAGAGAUGAUACAGGUGGAUAUGACAAAAUAUCCUAAUCUAACUCUGUCUAUUUGUUAGCAUGUCAAAACAGCAUGUGACUUAGUACUGUGGUGUAAUAUAAUUUGCUUCUUAUUGACCACUGCUAGUCUCUUUUCCUGAGUGUUUCGUUCAUAUUUAUUGAUUUUCAAAUCAAGCCUUCCUUUGGGUUUGAGAAGCUCAUAAUGUAUUGAUUCUUUAAUGUCCCACCAUAUACGCAAAAUUCUUUUGUUAAAGUUCAAACUUAGUUCCCAAGUAAAGAAAGAAGAUCGUUCGGAAUUACAGUAUGUUUUUUCUCACAAUGUUCUCAUACCAGUUAUCAUCUGGUCUAAAGAAGGUUCGUUUUUGUUUCAAGCAGAGAUACACAAAUGACAACUUGAUCAUAUAAAUUUUUUUCACUUAACUCAUAAAAUAUUCAUCUGGAAUAUUUAUACACCAAUCCAAUUUUCCGAAUAUGAUUUAAAAUGAUUUGUUGUGUUGAAUUCAGCUUUACCACAAUCUUCAAUUUUGUCCAAAAAAGAUCUUGCUGUAUAAUGGUGUUGACAAUACUAUCAUCGAUCCAAGAUGGCUUGUCAUUAAGAUCGAAAAGCUUCAAACUUUUCGAAACAUCUGCAUGUUUCAUAGAAAAUUAUCUUCACCAAAAACGUGCACCAAAUUUCAACAUGCUUCUGUAGUAUUUCUAUCUUGUUACAUACAGAAUACAAUGCCGUAAAUGAACUUUAUCAAUAGACAUGUUUACACAAUCGAAUUUCAUCAAUUAAUAAUGAGAUAACAAAACCAUUAUUUCAGUAAAUUUAAAAAAGCACAAAUAUAAAAAUACAAUGAUAAAAAGAGGCAGCUAUAUAUACAUAUGUUUCAAACGAACACAUUUAUAUGUAUUGAGAUGAUGAAUUACAAUUAUUGGACAGAAUUUUCCAAUAAAUCUAUUAGUUAUAAAUAAUUUUAUAAUUGUACCAUAUGAUUUUUCUCAACACUACGUACAUAUAUUAAAUAUAAAUUAUACGUCUGGAUCUCUUUAUGUGGAUACAUAAAAAAGAAUUGUGUAAAAAGUAGUUCACAAAAACUUGUGUUAAAUUAAUGCAAACUAUGCAAACUAUGCAAAAAGCCCUUUAAAAUAUAGAAAUAUAUUCACUAAAAACAUUUUAUUGAACGAACAUAUAAAAGAAAAAUUAAUGU